CUCAAAAAGAAUUAAAAAAGAAGAGGAGGAGGAGGAGGAGGAGGAGGAAGAGGAGGAACAUCAAGAAGAAGGGCUUGAGCAAGAGAAGGAGGUGGAUAAGGAGGAGAAAGAAGAGCUAACUACCAAAGACAUUGAGGAAGAAGAGAGAGAGGAGAGACAAGAAGACGAACAAGAGGAAGAGAAGGAUCAAAGCUGCGUCGUGGAAACAAUCUGUGAGACUGAAGAAGGGAAAAAGAAGACGAAGACGAAGGAGCUGGUGAAGAAGUGCUUGUCUUGGCCGGUGACGAGGGCGCGGAGACGACGAAGGAAGAGAGUGGCACUGCAGAAGGUGAUAAAGGAGAGGAGGAGAAUGUGAUUGAUUUUGAAGAUGAUGUGAGUGACAAAGAACUAAGAAAAGAGUGUGAGGGGGAAGAAGAAAGCGAAAAAAUCUUAGAAGAGUGCAGUGAGAGUGACAACAAAGAGAGUGACGGAGUAAAAAAAGAGUGCGUAGAAAAAGAGGAUAAAGAGGAAAGUGAAGAACUAGAAGAAAGUGCAGGCGAGGAGAACAAAGACGAAAUUCUGGGAGAGCGAUGUGAGAGUGAAAGCAACAAGGAUGGUAAUGAGAUCCUAGAAGUGUGCGGUGAGAGUGAGGACAAACAAGUGAGUGACGAAAGCGUGGAGAGAGAGUGUCGUGGUGAGAGUGAUGAGGACGAGGUAGACGAGAGUAGUGAUGAUGUGGUGACGAGUGGUGUUGAGGUGAGUGAUGAAGGGAAUGGUGAUGAUGCAGUGAGUGGACGCGAGUGUGUGGAAACUGAGGAAGUGAAGGACGUGAACAUCAGUGACGUGGAAGAGAAGGUGGAGGUGGAGACGUGGAGUGGAGGUGGAGGUGUUGACGAAGAAGAAGUGGUGGUAUCCGUUGACUUGAGCAGUGAAGAGGAGGUGGAUGAGGAAGAGGCAGAGUACGUAACACCAAGAUUGAGUGUGGAAAGCAAGGAGUGGAGUAGUGGAGUGACACAAGCAAACCAUUACACCAUUAGUAAGGAGCAGAGGCUUUGUGCAACUCACGGAUUAAACCAUAUAGCAGAGGAGGAGGCGGAGGAGGGCGGUGACGUAACCCUAGGGACGCACGCACAAGCAGGAGACGCCAGUGACUCCCCGGACCAAGACCUGACGCUCGCUGAGAUAGAGGUAGCGGAAGGUGAAAGGAAAGAGAAGACCUUGGCGUGGAGGAGGAACCUGGUGAUGUGCGUCAGAUAAUGCGUACUGUUGACCUGACGGGAGAGAAAGAGGAAGAAGACGCGGAUAAAGAGGAGGAAGAGAAACAGGAGACUAACUUCUGUGAGGCGCCGGGCAGUGAGACAGUAGUAGAGGCUCCUGAAGGUGUGGCUGUAGUGAGAUUUGCCGUGGACGUACAAGAAGUGGAGCCGGAGAGCUGCUUGUCCGCAGCCAUCGAGGAGGAAGCCAGCAUGCCCGUGGGACAGACCGGUGCGACAGAGAAACAUCUUGACACGAUGGACGCGAUCAAGAGGGUGCUGGUGGAUACUGAGCAGAGGGAGGGUGAGGAGGAUGAGGAGGUGGUGGCGGUGGAGCGGCGCAAGCCAAGCAAGGGCGUGCACAUCCCCAGCAGCAACAGAGACUCUGGCACGAGCUACCUCACCGUGUACGAGGAAGUGGAGGAGGAGGAACAGGAGAAGGUGAAGAAGAAGGAGAACGAAGACAGCGAUGACGACACGCUGGUGGGCCACAGCAGCAGGAGCAGCAGCAGUGAGACCAGCAGCAGCGGCAGUGACGACUUCAGGAAGUGCCACAGGCGGGAGGACAGCGGUGUGUUCCUCAGCUCCAGCUCCCGCCACGACCAACGCCACCGUCGAGCGCAGUCCGAGGCACCGCCCGAGAUCACCCAUGAGGUGCAGCCUCGCGAAACCCACAGCUACCAGGAGGCGAGGCCCGCUGCGUUGGGGGAGGAUACCCCGGACGUGGUAAGUCUGCACCCGCGGGACCAGGAUGACAACCUUAGCAUCCAGAGCGAAAUGAUGGACUCACGCGGGGACGAGGAUGGCGAGAGUGGCGGUCGGAGGUUCAAGCGCCGCUCCAGCCACCAGUUCCGCGUGGGGCGCAGGUACAGUGGCCAGAAAAUGAUGCAGAAGAUCCGCCAAGGCCUACACCUGGGCAGCAAGAAGACGCCAGACAGCGAGGCAGCAGGUGGCGAAGUGCAUCCCACCAAGCUGCAGCAGCUCGCCAGAAAAGAAAGGUAUGUUGUGGUUGGUGUGAAGAAGGGAAGCCUGGGUCGCGCCUCUUGUUCUCCCAGCAGCUUCGGGAAGCGUUCGGGAGGCGGGGGGCGGCGGACCAACGAGUGCCUCAUCCUCGAGCCCUCCGAGAUGCUUGUGAUUGACUACCCUGACGUGCAGCUGAUGCGCCCUGGCCAGCGCGCGUCCUGCAACACCAUGAACCUGGAGAAACUGAUGGCUCUCGAGCAGGACGAGAUCACCAUUAGGCCGGGCGGACGCGGGGCUCCUCCGCCGCCACCCGGCCACCACCACCAGUAUGAGAAUGACCACGCCCACCACCCCCACCAUCCCCACCACGACGCCUACCUGCCGGACCUGGUGGGCAGCGCCAUCCUACGGGGCGCACGGAGUCGAGGCAGCGUGGGGUCGUCGGUGCGCGAUGGCUCCGACACCUCGAGUGCUUACUCCGGCUCGGACACCAUGUGUCACUCCCUGCAGUCCUCGCUGGAGCCAGACGACGUGGACUUGUCCGGUCUCACCGAGAGUGCCGUGGACUCCGACGAGGAGGACCUGGCGGAGAGCAUUGAGAGCCUAGCAGUGCGGGACGCAGUGAGGGAGUGCCUGGAGAAAGACCCCAGUGAGCGUUCCGAGGACGACAUCAAGGUGCUGUUGGAGUUCACACAGCGCCUCAGAGCCUUCUCCAACAUGACCUUGGCAGUGAGGAAAGCCAUGUGUCAGGCCAUGGUGUUUGCAGUUGUGGACGAGGCAGGCACGGUGCUCAUGAACCACGGGGAGGAGCUGGACUCAUGGAGUGUCAUCAUCAACGGCCACGUGGAGGUGACGCAGCCAGACGGUUUGGUGCACGAGCUGCACCUGGGAGACAGCUUUGGCAUCACACCCACAAUGGAGAAGCUCUACCACCAGGGGGUCAUGCGCUCCAAGGUGGAUGACUGCCAGUUUGUGUGCAUCCGCCAGACAGACUACUACCGCAUCCUGCACCAGUCAGAGGAAAACAUCCGUCGCCAUGAAGAGAACGGAGUGUUGGUGCUGGUGACAGAGCAAAGACCCAUUGAUGCCGGGAACAGGAAGGGCAACAUUGUCAUCAAGGGCACAUCUGAAAGACUGAUGCAGCAGCUGGUGGAGGUGGAGAACAAUGUGGAUCCAACCUUUGUGGAGGAUUUCCUUCUGACUCACCGCACCUUCAUAGAAUCUCCACUUGUUGUGGCUAACAAACUCCUGCAAUGGUUUGAGGACCCUUCACUGCGGGACCGAGUGACAAGAGUAGUCCUGCUCUGGGUCAACAAUCACUUCACAGACUUUGAAAUGGACCCAGCAAUGAUGAACUUCUUGGAGCAGUUUGAGGAAGGGCUGGAGAGGGAGAAGAUGGCGGGGCAACUACGUCUCCUGGACUUUGCCUGUGCCACCAAAGCCAGAGCCAGGACUGUAACACUCACCAGGCCUUCCAGAGAUGAGAUCCUCCACUUUUCUAUCUUAGGGGGACACGAGAGAGGAUACGGAAUCUUUAUUUCCAAGGUGGAGAAAGGCAGCAAGGCUGAGGACGUUGGAUUGAAGCGCGGUGACCAGAUCUUGGAGGUGAAUGGACAGAGCUUUGAUCGCAUGAAUCAUGCCAAGGCCCUUGAGAUCCUGCGCCAAACUUGCCACCUCUCCAUAACUGUCAAGAGCAACUUAUUAGCCUUCAAGGAGAUGCUCAUGACACCAGAGAACUCCCCAAGGCCUCGCUCCAGGAAGCCUUCAGAUGUGCAUGGCCUCGCUGAUUCCAACAACCACCUCAGCCUCAACUCCAAUUUUGCCUCCAUGAAUAUCUCAGCUGACCCCAACCAGCAGUCACCCAAGGACAAGGGCAAGAUGGGCAACAACAAGGGUUUGUCUGUCACCAAUAAGGCAAAUAAGAUCAGGAAGAAGGUGCUUGAGUCCCUCAUGCAAAAAAAUAGUCCUCAGGACUCACAAGCCAAUAGUGAUGACAGCGUGUCCUCUCAGUCCAGCAUAAGUGGCGGCCUCUACCACAGCCACAGCAACCCAGACCUCAGCACCACUGGCGCCUAUGAGGACAUCAGGACAGAAUUCCCUGAGCAUGUCUUAAAGGUGUACAGAGCCACAGACCAGGCUGCCAGGUUCCUCCCUGUGCACAAGGAGACAACAGCUCGGGAGGUGGUGAUGCUGUCCCUGCAAAUCUUCAACAUCAGUGACCCAACAGGCUCCUCCAACUAUGCCUUGUAUGAAGUAUCUGUCACUGAAGAAGGAAUUACCAAGACAAAGCGCUUGCCUGACUCAAUGCAGAACUUGGCAGAGAGAAUAGCACUGAACAGCAGGUACUACCUGAGGAACAUCACUAUGUCCCAGACCAGCAUCGCUGAGGAUGUGGUGAACGAGCUGGUGCGGGAGUCGACCGUCUGCUUCCUGCAACUCAAUUCAGUGGACUUGGCCAUCCAACUCACCCUCGAGGACUACACCAUAUUCCGUCAGAUAGAGCUUACCGAGUACAUCGACGACCUUUUCAACCUCAAGUCCAACUAUGGAAUCCCAGCUCUGUCUCGUUUCCGUGAGCUUGUGAACCGGGAAAUGUUCUGGGUGGUGAAUGAAGUCUGCUCAGAACACAAUCUAGUCAAAAGAUCCAAGAUUAUCAAGCAGUUCAUCAAAGUUGCACGGCAAUGCAAGGAAUGCAAAAACUUCAACUCAAUGUUUGCCAUACUGUCUGGUCUGGGCCAUGGGUCAGUGUCAAGACUAAAGCAGACAUGGGAGAGGCUGCCGUCUAAGUACCAGCGGAUGUACCAAGAGAUGCAGGAGCUAAUGGAUCCCUCAAGAAACAUGAGCAAAUACCGUAACCUUGUCCAGAAUGAAAAUAUUCAGUCUCCGAUUAUUCCAUUCUACCCAGUCGUCAACAAAGACUUGACUUUCACUCAUGAAGGAAAUGAUGACAAGAUUGAAGGACUCAUCAACUUUGAAAAGCUGAGAAUGAUUUCCCGAUAUAUCCGGGACCUCCAGAACAUGUGCUCUGCACCUUAUGACUUGUACAACAUCCAGGACCCGGGUGGGCAGCCUCCAAGCACAGCCCUCAUCAGCCUCAACCAGAUGGGUGCCGGGGGUCACCAGAUAGCCACAGUCAAGAGGCGCAAGAAGUCAACAGCUGCCCCUGACAAGAAGAAGAUGUAUGAGGAGGCUCAGAUGGUGCGGCGCGUCAAGGCUUACCUUGCCCGGCUCAACAUUGUGACAGAUGAGGAUCGGCUACGGGCAAUGUCCUAUGAGUGUGAGGGCGGCUCAGAGGGGCACAAGCUGGUGGGGGGAGGCAGUGGCAACAAUAACAAUAAUAAUAACAACAACAAUAAUAACCACAAUCAUGGGGGUUCUAACAGUGCUCCCCCCACCAACCCUCCUCCCAGAAGGCGUCCCCAUUCCCCUACCCCCUCCACCACCUCCUCCACCUCCUCCACCUCUCAGACUUCUGACGGCAAGAAGCAGACGGCAAAGUUUGGAGCCACGUCUCCCCAGUCCAUUAGCAAGAUGAAGGCCCUGGCAGAGCCCAAGACGAAACCACACCACGGCCCACGCUCCACCUCCACCCACCACUCUCUCUCCCCCACCCCCUCCCCUGGCCCGCCCCGUAGGGGGUCCACCUCCACCAAUAAUUCCCGCUCGUCUCAUGAGCGCUCCCAUUCCGACACCCAUGCAGUUCCUGUGGACCUUAGUGCAGAGUCAUCCUCUGUCACCUCCCUUUCCAAACUCCAUAAAUCCCACACUUCAGGUUCCAUGGCAUCAACAGAGUGCCAAGUAGUCCCUGGUGGGUCUGACUCCGGCAUCUCAGCCCAUUUUGAUGGACACUCCUCCUCCUCACUGGAAGUUGAAGCUGGUGGAGUGCCUAAUUAUGAAUGCUAUCCUCACUCCUCCCCACCAGCGCACCACCGCCGCUACUCCCACCAGCCAGAGUCACGGUCGCGGCCACCCUUCCCGCAUGCAGUGGCUGUGCUGCCCCAUGUCCCGGCAGCAGGCAUGGGCAGUGCCCGCCUGCGCCGCGGAGCCUCGGGUGUCCCUCCAGACUACAUUGCAACUCAGCUCAGAAUGAAGCAGAUGGGACGAGCUCUGUCUCAUGACGGUGUUCAGUAUUACCACCCCACACACCACGAUGAUGAAGAAGAAGAUGCUCAGGUCUCUGCUGUGUAAGCUACCUGCCAGGCACUGGGAGGCUGACCUAGUCCCUUGUACAUUUAACCCUUCAUAUUAAAAUUAGAUUUUUCCAUUAGCUUUUACAAGAGUAGCUUCUCAGAGUUUGUUACUAUACAAAAUAUUAUGUAUUUAAUUUUGAAAGUCCAUUUAAUCAGUAAAUUGUAGAUGUCAAGUGAAAAGUUUGAAAAACUCUGGUUUGCUUAUCUUGUGGGAAUGAAAUUUGAGAAGCCAAAGAUAAACAGUCUCAUAUGGCCCAGAGAGAGUGUGUGGACUGAGCCCAGAGGGAAGCCCUGCUGAGAGACUCCAUAUUUUAUUACAUUCAGUAAGAGUAUGACAUUUGUCUGUGACUAUUUAUGAGAGACAGUUAGUAGUAAGCUAUGUAAAGAUAUAUCCUAACUAGUAAUGUAUCUGUAUCUCUCCACUCCUAACCAGCGGUCCAUUACUAAACUCUCUGGCUAUAAGAUACUUUGGGGCACAGCUUCAGUAAGAUUUUUAUGAAUUUAACACAUUAUAAAUACAUGUAACUCAUGAUUAUAUGUGGAUGUUCUGUAUAUACUAUAUAGAUAGCUUUAUUCAUGUCCAUAUGAUUAGUUGUUAAGUAUUCUGUGUAAGUAAUGAGGUCAGCAAUUUUGAAACUUUCAUUUCUUCUGUAUGUUAAAUUUUUAAUGCUGUAAAUAAAAAGCCACACCAUAUGGAAGAUGAAUGUAAGACUCAUGUUGAUGACUCCUGAAUGAGCAGUAUGUGUCCCUCUCCAAGCCAACACAGCCAGCCAGCCACCCCAUCGUCCACGCCCCUCCCCCGGGAGCCACCCAGGCUGUGAGGGCUGAGGGGGAGCAACCCUUUGCAUGGUGAACACUUGCAAUGUAUCUGACUUUAGCAGAAUUAGAUCUAAACAAAACAAAAAAAGCUAUGUGACAUUACUUGAGGAAAUUUCAUAACUAAAUUUGAAUUUGUGAUUGAUUGGCAUAGUUUUUCCAAAAUUAAUAACUUUCGUACAUGAUGUACAAGAGUAAUUGACAAUCUUACUGUUAAUUUGGUAUUGCAUUAUUUCCUGGGCAAUAAUUUAGUUUAUCAGGCACAUAUUUUAUGGAUUUCCCAUGAUAUAUUAACUUCUUUCCUGCAUUUCAUCAGUGUUGACUGUAAUAUUAAUCCCAAUGUUCCAAUUAUGUAACUUUGAUGUCACCAAAAAUCAACAGAACAUUCAGUGUAACAAGUAACUUAAUUGUGUUUUUUCUAACUGAUCGGGAGCCUUGUGUCUUCUGCCCUGAGAACAAGUUUGCAUCCAGAGAGUCGAGGGCAGGACACUAGAUGCCUGACGUGGUGGUGAGAAGAUGGUCUUGGUAUACUUCCAAACCUGCGGCCCUUUCUGGAGGCCUGGAUAAGAAUGUACAAAUAAAUACACUUCACUUUGU